AUGGCGAACUAUAGAGACGACCAGGAUUUUGAUGCUUUCAGGAAACGAAGACCAAGACCUGUGACCGAUUAUGGAUCGUCAAUGGUACAGUGGGUCCGACAACGACAGCAACCUUGGAAAGGACCGUUUCAUUACGAACAAGAAAGGCCCAGCAUAAGCUAUAUCUUGGACGUGCUGCCACCCUCAGCUAUGCUUGACCGUCCUGCAGAAUCAAUACCGACACGCUUCCUGCAUCAGUCACUUGGUAAAUCAAAGAAACCCGUAACAAUCGUACGAUGGAUGCCCGAAGGUGUCCACAACGGCGAGUUUAUGUUAUGGAACGGAAUGUCGUUCAACUUCGAGACAGUCACUGCUAUGGGCAGCUCUUCAUUACGCACAGCAGAAUGGUCGCAUAAGCAGGAUUGGUUGGUAGCAGCCAACGACGAGGGCUCAGUCUUUUACCUACAACCAACGCUUAACAUGACGCAUCAAUUCAAAGCUCAUGACUCCCCAAUCCGAGAUGUGGCUUUUAGUCCAACAGACACCAAAUUUGUCACUGCGUCGGACGACAAUUCGCUAAAGAUAUGGGACUUUACAUCUUCAACCAAUGAAUCGACAUACAAGGACCAUGGAUGGGAUGUCAAAGCUGUAGAUUGGCAUCCUCAAAAAGGGCUAGUGGUGUCUGGCUCGAAGGAUCACAGUGUUCGUCUUUGGGAUCCACGUACCUGUCGCAACUUGACCACACUACAUGGCCACAAGAAUGCGAUAAGCACGGUUUCCUUCUCCCGACUUCGACCUCAACUUCUCGGUACUGCUGCACGAGACGGACAGUCGAGGAUCUUCGAUCUCCGCAUGAUGCGAGAUGUAGCCAUAUUGCGUGGUCACGAAAAAGGUGUUACUAGCCUAUGCUGGCAUCCAAUACAUCCGAGCAUCAUCUCCACAGGCGGAGAAGAUGGCGCUCUUCAUACUUACCUCCUCACAGAACCAAACACACCUGCAGGAAUUACCACAUAUACGACUUCUCCUUACAACACUCCCGAUCCACGUUCCGCACCUGCACAAUCAAUAUACCCUGCCCACAAGAUCACAUACGCACACGAAUCCUCAAUAUGGAGUCUAGACUGGCAUCCACUAGGCCACAUCCUCGCCACAGGCUCGAACGACCACUACGUCCGCUUCUGGUCCCGCUCUCAACCCGACGACCCACAGAACUGCUUCAAAGACAAAUACCACCUCGGCGAAGAAGCAGCCGAAGCCCAAGGCACCUACGACAGAAAAGCCAACGCGCGACAAGCCCGAGAACAAGAAGAACAAGAAGCAGAAGACGAAGCAGAAGGUCUCGAAGACCAAGCCAACGCAGAUAGAAACCAAUUCAGCAUACCUGGACUUCCUGGACUGCCGGGUCUCGCACAACCAAGCGCACCAGUUCCAGGCGCCACAUCCGUCGCACCCACCGGUUUCCCCUCCUUACCUGGCAUGGGAAUGGGAAUGCCAAUGCCUGACCUCCCCCACCUCCGAAACACAUCCCAACCACCCAACGGCCUCAACCACGGCCACGUCGUCCCUCCACCCCCAAUCCCAGGCAUGGACCCCACCCAACUAGCGCGCUUCAUGCAAUCUCAAGCCCAACACCACCAACACCGUCCAGGAAGUGCUUCUGGCCCUCCUCCACCCCCACCCAUCCUCGGGAACAUAGACUUUUCCAAACUCAACCUCCCACUACCCAUGCCUGGCGCCAAUGGCUACCUACCACCGCCUCCUCCGCCGAAUGUUUCUUCUGGUGGUGGCCCGCCGAUGAGUGCGAUUCCGGGCCUGGGUGAUUCGGGGAUACCGGGGCUUGGGUCGCCGGGUCCUGUGUCUGGUGAUCCGAGGAUGAUGAGUAAUGGUACUGGUGUCAGGAGACGAGCUCCAUUGCCGAGUCAACAAGAGGGGUUUCAGGCUGAGCAGGCGCAGGGGAGAUAUAGAAUUGCUAGGUAG